AUGCGAGGAUCUGAAGACGAAAUCGAGAUUCCUCACCUCACACUUAUCAAGUUCCUGGACCACAUCCACGAGGUUUUGCAUCAGAACCGGCAAAUCCACAUUAACCUCGAAAAUGGGAUGAAUGAAGAGAUAAAAACGAUUUGUUCUCUCUUUGAGAACAGGAAGAUCGCGAGCUGCAGCACCACAUCCACGGAAGUUCAGGGGCACCAUCUCUUCGGGACUCAUCCAGAGAACCUGGAGAUUGUCGUGGUCCCAAUAAGAAAAGAACUCUUGGUUCAAAAUUAUGAGGAGCUGAAAGUCACCAAUCUCACACUGAACGAGGUGUUCUUGUCAAAUAGUCGAACGCUUCGUUCAUUGCACCACUCAAUGACUGCAAAGGAUGUCAACUUGUUCUUGAAGAUCUGGAUUCAGAACUCACAGCUGAGAAUCAGUGAUCUUGUUGUAGAUGGUCUGAAUAUUGAGCAUCCUGUACAUGGAACUAUUCUCCGCGGAAUAGACUUUACUAGAUACGAAGAUCCUCUGGUCGUGGAUGAUGGAAUGGUUCAACACGUCCAAAUUGUGUGCAAAAGAGGGAUCAAGGCAAAGGUUUCCCUCACCAGAACUACUGUUCGAUUCGUCCGGCUGGCCGACGAUGAGUAA